AUGGGUCAAAAAGGCAUCCGCACCGCUCUUAAAGUCGAUCUCGAUAAGCCGGCAUGGGAGCAACCCGGUCUGCAUACGGCACGUCACCACCUUAUGAUCGCUCGAUCAUGUCCGUCUAACGUUCAUCUAGUUCCAUCCACCGGAAAGAUCGCGAAUAAUGAAGUCGUCAAAAUCGAAUGCCUCGACUGGACUGGCGGCCAAAUCAAGAACAACGACUCCGCCGACGACGUCAAGAACGUUGACCUCAGUCAAAUUCACUAUCUAUCCGGCCCGUUCGACAUUGAGACAGCCGAGCCCGGCGACGUACUUCUGGUAGAAAUCCAGGACGUUCAACCAUUCGAGCACCAACCGUGGGGGUUUACCGGCAUCUUCCAUCCCCAGAAUGGCGGUGGUUUUCUAGAUGAGAUCUAUCCCAAGCCGGCAAAAGCCAUCUGGGACUUUGAGGGAAUCUUCUGCUCGUCCCGUCACAUCCCCCAUGUUCGCUUCGCCGGCCUCAUUCACCCCGGUAUCCUAGGCUGCGCGCCUUCCGCAGAAGUCCUAGCGGAAUGGAACCGUCGCGAGGGCGAACUGAUCACCACCAACACCACCAAACGGGAUGUCGCGAAACCUCCCCUAGCACAGAGUACUCACGCCGGCAGCGCCAGCGAAAGUAUCAAAGAGAAGGUCGGAAGAGAAGGUGCCCGAACCAUCCCAGGCCGCCCCGAACACGGCGGCAACUGCGACAUCAAGAACCUCUCUCGAGGCUCAAAAGUCUAUCUCCCCGUCCACGUCCCCGGCGCCAAAUUCUCCGUCGGCGACCUCCACUUCUCCCAAGGCGACGGGGAGAUCUCAUUCUGCGGCGCCAUCGAAAUGGCCGGCGUGAUCACCCUGAAAUUCACCGUUCUCAAGAACGGCAUGGCCAAGCUCGGCAUGAAGUCUCCCAUCUUCCACCCAGGCCCUGUGGAACCGCAAUUCGGUCCCGGCCGCUACCUAACUUUCGAGGGUUUCUCGGUCGACGAGACCGGCAAGCAGCAUUAUCUAGAUGCUACCGUCGCGUACCGCCAGACUUGUCUGCGGGUCAUCGAGUACCUGCGUCGGUAUGGGUAUAGUGAUUAUCAGAUCUAUUUGCUGUUGAGUUGUGCGCCGGUUCAGGGCCAUAUUGCGGGUUUGGUGGAUAUUCCGAAUGCGUGCACCACGUUGGGGGUGCCGAUGGAUAUCUUUGAUUUUGAUAUCCGGCCUGAGGCGGAGGUCGUGAAGAGGGAUAUGGGAAGUUGUGCGUUUGCGAGUGAUUGA